UUUUGCUUGGAAAGACAUGACUUGGACAUUAUUGCGGAGGGCAGGUAUCCGGCGAACCGGGCCAGACUUUUUCAUCGAGUAGAAGAAGCGGACUUUAAAGGACGAGAACAUCUCAACAUGUCAGCAGCCAUGCUCAAGAGGAACUCGGAGGUGAGUGGGUGGUUAGCAGGCAAGCAUGACUGCCAACAAGAGUUCAAAGGCCGUGCCUCAUGCAGGAGGGGGUAAAGCUCCACCAGACACCCCAGACAGGUGUCAGUCUUCAUCCCCCUGUCCUGCUCUAUCCAGCGGUCAGGGUCAGAACCAGCCACCUCUUCUUGGCGACGGGAAUACCUAUAAGAAACAGAGUAGAUACGUGAGGACUGACGGGCGGUUCUUGGUACACGCUGGCUGCAACAGCAAGACCAAAAGUUUUAGCAGUGGACCACCCCUCACAAGUCACACUGAGUCCCAGGCCCGUCUCACAAAGUCCAAGAGCAUCAGUUGCCUGGACAACCGUCUUUCCAUCUAUAAGCCUCCAAAUCAAGCAAAGGUGUGUCAGGGAGGUCAAGACUCUCAGGAGCAAAAAGAAAACCAAGGGGGUCUUUCUCCAGGUGAAGGACUUAAUGGUAGACCUCUGAGUUGGAGUACACUUUCACUAGGAUCUUUCUCAAACCAAUGCAACAAGCGGCCCCUUUCCAUCACCAGGCUGGUAAGCGGUGUUCCUCCCACCACAGUCCGCAAGAAGAUCUCAGAAUGGGAGUGCAGGAGGGUGUCUCUGCCUAGGAUGAGCUUGUGUCUGGACAAAAGGCCAGGACGAGAGCGUCUAGGGGGCAGUGAGGGCUGCCCAAGCUUGCUCUCAUCCCCCUGCAGUGAGAAGACAUUUGACUUCAAGGGGGUUCGCAGGAUGAGCACAGCGUUCUCAGAAUGCUCCUACACAGAAACGGAGGAAGAGGAAGGGGCUUCUGACAAAGAUGGCCUCGGCCGCUUCCAGAAACGGACAAGCAAGACAGAAUCUUCAGGGACAUUUGUCCGCUCCCUGUCUGCACGUAAGGAGACAUCGGCAGUCCUUAACAGGAUACAGAAAAUAGAGCAAGCCCUGAAGGACAAUCCCAGCCCACCUCCUCCACGUUAUCUGAGUAAUUGCUAUGCUCCAGACAAGACGAGACAAAAAUCUUUUGUGAUUGGCGAGGACUUUGACAGUACAUGCACCAGCAAGCGCAGCAGUGUUUGCUCUGUGGCCACUGAACCAGAUGCUGUUUUGGUGCCUGAUAAGCUCACAAAACUCAGACAACGGUUCAGCGUGAAUUCAGUUCGGUCUGAGAGUCCUGAACCACUCAGCCAGCAGACAUGUGUUGGCCCCCCAGUCAACCCCCUACCUAAACCCAAACGCACUUUUGAGUAUGAUGCCAAACAGGACAAGAAGGGCACAUUGUCAGCGAAUGGACUACCUCCAGCCUGUGAAUCUCCCCCACCCCUGCCUUCGACCCCGGCACCCAGCACAACAAGGAUGGCAAAGUCUAUGGCUAGCACUCCCAUCCGAGCCCAGGACAGAGAAUCUUAUGAAUCAGGGGAUGCCACAAGCCUGCUGUCGUCAUACACAUCCUCACCCACAGAGAAUGGCACACUAACCACAGAGACGCAGAGUCAACCCAAUUUGAGAAGCACUUUAGAGGAGAAUGCAUACGAGGACAUAAUAGAGAAAGAGAAUCCAUAUGAGGAUGUUGACCUAAAACGCAGGAGUUUGGGUCGUAAAACCUGUCAUUUGGAGACCAGCAGAUCUUGGACUGCCAUGGACAGGAAGCACAACUCUCCUCCUCAGUUACCGUCCAAACCCAGCAGCCAGUCCCUUCGGCUCACUGGUACCAACGACAGACCGAGUCAGCGGGUGUCACAAUUGUCCAAACGCCACAGCCAUGAUGAAACGCUGCUCCUCCCCCAGAUGGGUGUAUCGGCUUCCUCUUGUAUUCUGCUGGAUGAAAGCCUUUGUGGCACCAGUGAUAACCUGGCCUCACACAGGCACUGGAGGAUUCCCAAGCUGGUCCAGAGGAUCAACUCUAUUUACUGCACUAAACGUGGAAAGAAGAGACUUAAAAAGCUGUCCAUGUCCAAUCUCGAAACCUCAUCUUUGAGAGAUGACAACAGUGAGAGUGAGAGCGACUCUGAUGACAGGUUCAAAGCUCACACCCAGAGGUUGUUGAAAUUGCAAUCAAUCCUUCGACAGGCCCCCAGCUACCGCACACUGGAGCUGCAGCUAAUUGAGUGGCAAGAGAGAGAACUCUUUGAGUAUUUUGUAGUUGUUUCUUUGAAAAAGAAACCCAGCAAGAACUCCUACUCCCCAGAGGUCACUUACCAGUUCCCUAAGCUUGAUAGGCCCACCAAGCAGAUGAGGGAGGCAGAACAGAGGCUCAAAGCCAUUCCUCAGUUCUGUUUCCCUGAUGCAAAGGACUGGAGUCCCGUGUCAGAGUUUUCCAGCGAGACCUUCUCCUUCAUGUUGACUGGAGAGGAUGGCAGUAGGAGGUUCGGCUACUGCAGACGCCUGCUGCCGAGUGGGAAAGGGCCUCGCCUUCCAGAAGUGUACUGUGUCAUCAGCAGGCUGGGGUGUUUUGACUUGUUCUCCACUAUCCUGGAUGAAGUUGAGCGACGGCGAGGCGUAUCAGCAGCUCUGGUCUACCCCUUCAUGAGGAGCCUGAUGGAGUCGCCCUUUCCUGCACCCGGAAAGCUCAUCAAAGUCAAGACCUUUCUGCCCGGUGCAGGAAAUGAGGUCAUGGAGCUGAGGCGGCCCACUGACUCCAGACUGGAGCAUGUGGACUUUGACAGUCUGUUUGCUUGCCUUGGUGUUCGGCAGGUUAUCCGGGUCUUUGCCUCGCUGCUACUCGAGCGCAGAGUCAUCUUUGUGGCUGAUAAACUCAGUACGCUGUCCAACUGCAUGCAUGCUGUGGUGGCGCUGCUCUACCCCUUCUCUUGGCAACACACCUUCAUCCCAGUGCUGCCGGGGUCCAUGCUGGACAUUGUCUGCUGCCCUACUCCCUUCCUGGUGGGGCUGCUGUCCAGCUCCUUGCCCAAGCUCAAAGAGUUGCCUGUAGAAGAAGCAUUAAUGGUGGACUUGGGAACUGACCGUUUCAUCAGACAGAUGGAUGACGAGGCAUCGCUGUUGCCUCGGAAACUUCAGGCAGCUCUGGAACAAGCGCUGGAGCAGAGGAAUGACAUCAUCAAUCAGGAUUCAGACAGCGAGUCAGAUGAAGAGUACAACUCCUUAAACAGUUUGGUGUCAGAGGCCUUCAUCCGCUUCUUCCUGGAGACCAUCGGUCACUACUCCCUGUUCAUCACUCAGAACGAGCGCGGAGAGCGCCUUUUCCAAAGAGAAGCCUUUCGGAAAUCUGUGGCGUCAAAGAGUAUCCGCCGUUUCCUGGGCGUCUUUAUGGAGUCCCAGAUGUUCGCAGGCUUCAUUCAAGAUCGAGAGCUGAGGAAGACUCGCGCUAAAGGUCUGUUUGAACAGAGGGUGUAUCAAUACCUGGAGGAGCUGCCAGACACGGAGCAGAGCGGAGUCAACAAGUUUCUCAAAGGCCUUGGUAACAAAAUGAAGUUUCUCCACAAAAAGAACUAAGUGUCCUGAUUUCAAGCAACACCGGCGUCCUGCAUCUUUGCCUCAUGUUUGACUCGUGUAUUUUAUGUCAACUUGUACAUACUUCACUGUGAGCUGGCCUUGAUACUGGUGGCCAGUGUAUGAACUCGCCACAGCAGGUUGCUCCACAGCAGGUGGGCCGCACAGAAACCACUGGUGUUCUUGUAAAGAGUCUUUUCAGAGCGUGUAUGUGACACGACAAGGGCAUAAAUGUACAGUCUCUGCUUCCAUGUUUUUAGAUUGUAUUGUAAAAUCGACAUGCGUCAGGACGGUCAACUGUAAACAUAUUUUGCAUUCGCUCUUUCAAUAAAAAAAAACAGAGUUAAAACAACUUACAUGU